GAGAGAGAGAAGAAGACGAAGCGAGCGAGCGAGCGCGAGAGGAUCAAGAAUCAACCUUGAGAAUGGCACUGAAGCUCAACCCCUUCCUCGCCUCCGAGCCCAUCACGAAGUCGCCGCCUCCGCCGUCGCCCUCCUUCGCGCUGCCCCCAAUGGCGAGCCGCAGCCUCAGAUCUCCCACCAUCUUCAUGGCCUCCACCCUCCGCUCCGGCGCCGCCUCCACCAAGGAGGUUGAGAGUGUCAAGAAGUCUUUUAUGCCCCCUCGGGAGGUGCAUGUCCAAGUAACCCACUCCAUGCCACCCCAAAAGAUUGAAAUAUUCAAAUCUAUGGAGGAUUGGGCUGAGAAGAACAUAUUAGUUCACUUGAAGCCUGUUGAGAAGUGUUGGCAACCGCAGGAUUUUCUGCCAGAUCCUGCCUCUGAUGGAUUUGAAGACCAAGUUAGGGAACUAAGGGAGAGGGCUAAGGAAAUUCCUGAUGAUUACUUUGUCGUUUUGGUUGGAGACAUGAUAACAGAAGAAGCUCUCCCUACUUAUCAGACAAUGCUUAACACCUUGGAUGGAGUUCGAGAUGAGACCGGUGCAAGCCCAACAUCUUGGGCCAUUUGGACAAGGGCAUGGACUGCAGAGGAGAACAGACAUGGUGACCUCCUGAACAAGUACUUGUACUUAUCUGGAAGAGUGGACAUGAGGCAAAUUGAGAAAACAAUUCAGUAUUUGAUCGGGUCAGGGAUGGAUCCUCGGACGGAAAACAGCCCCUACCUUGGCUUCAUCUACACUUCAUUCCAAGAAAGAGCGACAUUCAUUUCUCAUGGAAACACUGCCAGGCAUGCCAAGGAAUAUGGGGACUUGAAAUUGGCUCAAAUUUGUGGCACAAUUGCAUCAGAUGAGAAGCGCCAUGAAACGGCCUACACCAAGAUCGUGGAGAAGCUCUUUGAGAUCGACCCAGAUGGCACUGUCUUAGCAUUUGCUGACAUGAUGAGGAAGAAAAUCUCUAUGCCGGCUCAUUUGAUGUACGACGGUCAUGAUGACAACCUUUUUGACCAUUUCUCAGCCGUUGCUCAGCGACUCAGCGUAUACACAGCCAAGGACUAUGCCGACAUCUUGGAGUUUCUGGUGGGAAGGUGGAAGGUGGAGAAUGUCACUGGCCUUUCAGCUGAGGGAAGGAAAGCUCAGGAUUAUGUUUGCGGGCUACCGCCAAGAAUUAGAAGGCUGGAGGAGAGAGCUCAGGGAAGGGCCAAGGAAGGACCCAAUGUUCCAUUCAGCUGGAUUUUCAAUAGACAAGUGAAACUUUAAGGUGGAAAGAUUCCCCAUAUAUCAAUCAGUACCAGUCUAUCUCUCGAGCUUCUAAUCGAACAAAAAAGUAUCAAAUCACAAUAUGAGUCAUUUCAAAUUGCUGGAAAGUGAUGUGAGGGGAGGAAUUUGUGGUUUGCUUGUAGAUACAGUUGUUUCUCUUUGGUGUUGUUGCUAUAUAUAAUUCACGUAUUUUAGCC